CGUCUAGGUAGUCAGCACACACAAUCGACACAUUCAUACACACACACACCGUUUGAACAAAAAAAAUAUACAUAGAGCAAAACAGAAAAAAAAAAAUAAUCAAACGGAUGAAAAAUCAUAUCUAGUACUAGUAUCACGCUAAUCAAAGAGUUAUCUGCCGCGCAUCGUGCAUCAGAUCCUUAGAUCGGCUGAACCGAUCCUUUUAUCAGCACACCACUGCACCAGACUCAGACCCCUUUCGAUUGCACAGACAGAGCGCAAAAUUCGUUGGUUCAAAGUUCAAGGCUCGCAGAGGAUCGCAGAGGAUCGCAGAGGACUGACACCUUCGAAAUUGAAGGCCAACCGGGCAAGAAGGCCGUUUAGCCAAGUGCAGCCCCAAAGAGAGAGUCCCAGUUCCAGGCCACGUCGACAGCUGCUUCCAGCCCCAUUUCCUUUCCACUUUUGAUAGUUUUGUACACAGUUUUGUUUACGUCUGCGGCAGGUAAAGGAUGGUCAUCAAUCUGAAUCCGGCCACCAGCGGCAACAUUAUCGACGUGAACGGAAACGGGGGCGGAAACGGUAGCGGAAACGGAAAUGGGAGUGGAAACGGAAGUGGAAUUGGAAGUGGAAACGGCGGCGGCACCACCAGCAACGUGAUGGGCAUCAUCAGUCACGCGGAAUUCGACGGGAUCAUCUAUCUGCAUGUGGUGUGCGCCGGCGACUCGAACGCCAAGUGGAUCACUUUUGACGAGGCGAUGGCCUACUGCCCCACCGGCGUGGUGGCCUACAUGAAACUGCAGAUCGCCGAGUUGUAUGGCGUGCCGAUGGACGUGGUCUUCCUGCAAUCUUGAGGAUUGUCGAGAGGAUUACAAGGGACCUCACACCUGGAAACUGGGCUAGAUUUUCGAGAAGAAUCGCUGGCAAAUGGAAAAUGACUGAAUUUCAAGGGACCUCACACCUGGAAAAUGGACUAGAUUCUCCAGCAGAAUCGCUGGCGAAUGGCAAAUGUCAUUUGAACUUUUGGCACUGUUGACGAAAUCAACCGGUUAUGUCAUAGAAAUGUAAUUACUCCUGCAGCCUGAUCUUCAGCAAGAACAAAACCAAAUUUCAAGUUCUCUUGCGCUAUGCAAUUUUCCCCAAAUGCAGCAAUUGUUACAGAAAGUAUAGAAGUACCAACCAAGGAGACCUUUCCGAAAGAUGUAUUAACUUUCGGUUCGAUAAACACUGAUUGAACUUCCUGGAGUGGAGGACUUAUACUUUUUGGCAUGGCUCUAGAAUAAUUCAUAAAUUUCGCCUUUAAGUAAUGUAUCAAACGCUCAAAAUAUUUCAUAAAAAUCUCAAAUAAUGAUUGUCAAAACUAUAA